AUGGUCUGUCAUCUAGUGUUCCUUCGUCGUCGGCGAUUUUGCCCCCGGCCUUUCUUGGUGGGCUUGGUGGUGGCAAUCUGUCUCUUCUACCAGACCCUGACACUCCGAGGGACGAAGAAACUCUCAGCCACCGUCCCUGGGGCUGCCCCAAACACACCCACUGAAACCCAGACAAGCAGAUGCAAGAAAGGAUUCUCUCUGGACAAACAGUGCUUCCUUCUCUCGGAUAAUGCUCAGGAAAUUAGAAAGAUCGAAGAAUCGAUUGAGACGCACUUUGGCAGCCAUAGCCGAAGGGCCAUACUCUACAGGCCUCCUUCCUACAGCAAAGUGGAGCUUCGGCUCCACCAGCACAUUCUCACCCAGCUUCACUACACCGUCGUCAUCGCUGAAGAAUGGCUCAGUGCUGACCUCGGACUGGGGCUACUAGAAAAAGGUAAUUUGGGCUCUUGGGAUCUGCUCAUUUGCCUGCCUUCUAGGAAAGCUGGUGGAAAACCUUGCAUAUCAAAGGAAGACAUGUGCCAGUUAGGUUUACAUCAAAAGGUAAACAUAUUACCAGAAAUACAGCAUCAGCUUUGCAGAAAGGAAGGAUUAUGUCAAAUAAUUAGAAGAUUUCCAGAAUUCCGAUUCCUGGUGAGCCCCUCUGUGUGUCUGGACCAGAGCACACAAGUCAAGCUGAGUACUUCAAGUCCCCUUUCAAAAGCAGCGAAGCCACCUGUGUGGAAGCCAUGGGCCUGGAGACAGGAACAACUGAAUCAAACAAUAGUCCUUGCCCCACAAGAAACCAUCUUCAGAGCCGAAGAUCUAUCUGUGAUUCUUAAAGCAUAUGUGUUGGUGACAUCCUUAACCCCUUUGCGUGCAUUCAUUCAUUCAACUGGCACGGUUUUGAAUCCACCAAAGAAAAAACGCUUCACUGUCAAGCUUCAAACCUUUUUUGAUACAUUCCUGAGAGCUGGUUCUCCUCUUCAGACUUUUGAUAAUAUGAAGGAAGCAAUUAGCAAACUUCUGCUAGCAGCUGAAGUGUUCAGUGAAACAUCUACUCUGGGACCAAAGGCUUUUGAUAGAUGCAGAUUAUGUUUUCAACUUUUAACUUUUGAUAUUGGUUAUGGCAGUUUCAGAUCCCCUGUAGUGCUCCAGGUGCAUGAGCACUUAAAAUUUCAAGAUGAUGAUAAUAUGGAUUUUGAGGACCAAAACACAGAAGAAUUCCUUCUAAAAGACACUUUCAGUUUUCUCUUCUCUAAUGAAUCUUCUCUUUCCAUAUUCUCUGAGAUAGUUCAGAGACUUUAUAGGUUAAGUGUAUUUAAGGGUGAAAACUAUCAAAAGGAAGUAAAUCAAUGCCUGUCUUUAGAGGAGAUUAACUCAAUUAUGACUUUCAUAAAGGAACUUGGGAGUUUGGGACAAUUCCAAUUGCUCUUCCCAUCAAUUACUCCUGGGAUUCAAUCUUUGAUGAGUGAAUAUUAUGACACAGCAAAUCCUACAGGAAAACCUGGUUCAGUCCUGAACCGAUACUGGUCUCUUUUAAAUGUGUUUGAGCAAUUUCAGCUCUUGAAUAAAAAGGCACAGCUACAUCCACUGGAAUGGAAUUCUUUCGCAGAGGAUGGGAACUUUGAAAAACCGCAAGUGCCAUUUAACGCAACUGAACAUCAAAAAGUUGCGGUUCCACAGAUUGUAAAUGAAAUCAAAGAAGUGCAUUGCAGUAAUGAUAAAGACAUACAAUGUUACAUCAAGCAGAUCUUCACGCAUCCGCAUUUGGAACUGAAGCCUGAAUUUAAUCCGAAGAUCAAAGAUUAUUACUCUGAAGUCCCAUUUGAUGUGGUAACAGUGACAAUUGGAGCAGAGACUUCUAAGUGUCAAUGCAAGGUGUCCCUGCAUGAACGGGCAGGGCCAAGCUUUGCCAACUACCCUCUGGGCUUAGGGACAAACAAGAUCUCAGUGAUUGUGGUGGAUGAAUCUCUAGCCCAGGAUGAGACUGUGAUCACAUACAAACUCACCAUCUAUCGAGAAGACCGUCCAAGUCUGCCCUUGUUUGAAGAUUUUACAGCAUGCGGUUUUGUGCAGGAUUGUGGUUUGCUGAUUCACCCUGAGGAAACCUGUGGGUUACAGCCUAUUUCCUCUGACUACAUUGAAGCCAUUUUACAGCCCAAACUAAAGAUUUGUCCAUCUGGCGACACAAAAGGCCAAUGGAUUGUACCUUGCCUUAGUUGUUCAGACAACAGGACCUGCGACUGGAGAGAAAUAACUUGGCAGCCCCAUAACUGCCAAUAUGGUGUCUUAACUAAGCCUCAACUGCAGCAGUGCCUGGGAGGAAGGAAGAUUCUUUUCAUUGGUGACUCGACCAACAGAGGGAUAAUGUACUAUCUGAUUGAAAGACUGAACGAAACCUUGCAGGAAUGGCAGAAGGUGCAUGGCACUAAAUUCUAUCACAAUGUCAAUGGUGGGAAGACGUUGAUCAGUUAUUCCUACUAUCCCCAGUUCUGGAUAAGCCCUUCAUUGAGACCAACAUUUGAAAAAGCACUUGAACAUCUAUUGCAAAGAUCACGUCCCCUGGAGAACACGGGCCAGACUGUGUUGGUCGUUGGAGGCGUUCAGUGGCUUAAUUCCAAUCACCUGCAAAUUAUUCACAAGGUUUUGAAGAGAGAAAAUUUACUCAAUAUCCUUGUGAUCAUCAAAACUUUGGGAAUCGGAUUUCAUCUGCCAGUGGAUGGAGUACAUUUCUUAACACAGAGUGAUGUUCAGAACUUAUGGAAAGAAAAUUUAAUUAUUUUGAAUGAUGCAAAAAAAUAUGGCUAUGAAGUGGUCGACACGUUCACCAUAACAAUGGGGCGAUACAAAGAGUUUUUGCAGGGGACCUGUGGAUGUCAUUUUCAUGAGGUAGUGAAAUCAAAGUUAACCAAAGACUAUCACUUUAUUAAAAUAAAACAAUCAAGAAAUCAUAUUGUGGGAAAAUAUUUCGGCAAUCAAAGCAAACUACGACAACGACAACAAGACUCUGUAAUAAAUUACCAAUCACCAUAUCAUGUCAGAGGUCCAAUUAAUCAGGUUUGCUCUGAAAUCCUCCUCAGCAGGAUGUGUGCAAAUAGAGGAACCAUGUCAGACUCCCUGCAAGAGGAUUGA